GUGCCACCUGAAGAGACUGUAUAUUUAAGACUGUCAAGAACUACAAUCAAGCACUAGCAACGAAGACUAAUUGACUCCCUUGACCUACUAUCCACCCACUCCUGGCGAUUCGAAGUUAUCCAAAGCUCGUGUAUCUCCUCUAUUUUGAAAACGUCUCCGUUAUGUCGUCAAGCACGCCCGAUGAUCGUCCCAAGGCGACAGCAGUCGCAUACCAAGGCGAACCUCUCCCGAACGUCUCCGAGGACUUGGUGGUCCCAAAUAUCCUAAGCCUGGACUUCGAGGAAAGGCUCUGGGUUCCCCAAGCCCCGGACAUCUGGUUCCGACCUAUCCUCUUCAACGUUUCCCAGGGCUAUUUCGUAAACCUGCUCCGCGUGCGCCGCUCAGGAAUCCUGUCGCGUCAUCGUCAUUCCGGUCCCGUCCAUGCCACUACGCUCCGCGGCAAGUGGCAUUAUCUCGAGCACCCCUGGUGGGCAACGGAGGGGAGCCAUGCUUUUGAGCCCCCCGGCGACAUUCACACACUCGAAGUACCUGAUGGGGUUGAGGAAAUGAUUACAUUGUUCCAUGUCACUGGGGCAUAUAUAUAUGUCGAUCCCCACGGGGCGCCCCUUGGUGUGGAGGAUGUUUUCUCGAAACUUUCUAGCGCAAAGGCUCAUUAUGAGAAGGUCGGGUUGGGGGCGGCUUAUGUUGACCAGUUUAUUCGGUGAUUUUGUGCAUAAUGCCCUUUUUAUCUGUCAAUAAAGACAAGUCUGCUUAUUCAAGCGUUACCCGUUUGAGAAAGGCCCAUUUCCAGCAUAGUCCAUGAAGCAGUAGGGUAUUGGUAGCAUUUGUACAUGGCACGUCGUUGCCGCUUAUACGUUCAUUGCGAUCUCUACAGAAGAGGCUCAGC